UGAAAGAAAUAUCUGAGAAAACAAAAUCGUAAUCCAUGGGCACGCUUCACAUUGGAAGCCUCGUUUCUCAAUCUCCGCAACCGCGUCUGGUCGUGGCAGCUUCCUCCGCUUCCUCAUCAACCAAGUUGCUCACUUUUCUCGGCAAAGGUGGCUCCGGCAAAACCACCGCCGCUAUUCUCGCCGCUCAGCACUAUGCGAUGGCUGGAUUGAAUACAUGUUUAGUGAUACACAGCCAAGACACCACUGCUGACUAUCUCCUCAGCUGUAAGAUUGGAACUUCCCAUGUCGUGUGCGGCAAGAACCUUUCUGCUGUUAGGUUGGAAACAACUAAAAUGCUUCUUGAACCUCUAAAACUUCUGAAGCAAGCAGAUGCCCAACUUAAUAUGACUCAAGGCACACUUGGAGGGAUUGUUGGAGAAGAGCUUGGCAUUCUACCUGGGAUGGACCCUAUUUUUUUGGUACUUGCACUUGAGAGGCUUGUAGGAUUUCUGGGGAUUGCAGCUUCAAAGAGUCAGCAAAAUAAAUUUGACCUAAUAAUUUAUGAUGGUAUCAGCAGUGAGGAAACCCUGCGAAUCAUUGGUGGAAGCAGUAAAGCGAGAUUGUACUUGAAACAUCUCCGCACCUUGGCUGAGAAAACUGAACUUGGGAGAUUGGCUGCUCCUUCACUGCUGAGACUUGUGGAUGAAGCCAUGAAAAUCAGUAGCAGCAGAUCUUAUUUCAAUGGGAAAAUGAGCUCAGAAAUAUGGGACAGUUUGGAUCAUAUGCUGGAGAGAGGAUCUUCUGCCUUCUCAAACCCACAGAAAUUUGGUUGCCUCCUUGUGAUGGAUCCAAACAAUCCAACCUCAGUCAAUUCUGCAUUACGAUAUUGGGGGUGUACAAUUCAGGCCAGUGCUCAGAUUUCUGGUGCUUUUGGAAUCACCUCUCUACAAGAAAAUUUAGAAUCAUUGGAAAGAGCAAAGAAAGAAUUUUUUCCUUUGCCUUCUGCUUUCAUAUCAAGUUUGUCAAUGAAUGGCCCGGUAGAUUGGAGCAGAGUUCUACUGGACACAGUCAAUGAAGAUGCUAGGCAUCUUCUUAAUUCACUGUCAGGACAAUGCAAUGAAAUACCAUUGCCAGUUAGAUUUGAUAAUAUAAAAAAAUUGGUUACUCUCUUCAUGCCAGGUUUUGACAAAUCAGAGAUCAAGCUAUACCAAUACAGAGGAGGAUCUGAGCUUUUGGUUGAGGCAGGAGACCAAAGACGUGUCAUUACUUUGCCUCCAGAAAUUCAAGGAAAGGUUGGCGGAGCCAAAUUUGAGGACCGAAAUCUUGUUAUUACGUUGCUAUGACCCUAUUAUUAUUAUUUUACCUUCUAUGCUUGCUGAUAACUAUUGAUGUUUCAGCAGAGGUCAUUCUUCUUACACCUCAUUUUUUGCAUGACUUGCUUUCAUAAAUGAUUAUGGAAAGGAACAAGAAUAGCAUAUUACUGCUAGAUAUACAGCAGCAUCAUAUAUAUUUGGAGAAUGCCUGUUCUGGUUUAUGCUGGUGUAGUAAAUGUCUCUUGUUCUUUCUCUCCUUUGAAAUUUACACAUGAAAUUAUUGGCCUCCAGCUGUCCGAUCAAAAUAAUCUCAGAAUUCGUUGGCUUUCCAUUAGACCUAAGCAUUUGAUGAGAGUAUUGAAUAUUGUUCAGUUGAAUCUUAUAAUAGGGAUAAACAUGAAAAUAGGCAGAGGUAGGAUUAUGUUGGAGUUCAAAGUAACAAUUACAAUAUGAUUCUCUUAUCAUCAUUGUAUAACAUCCAAUAUGUAUAGGCUAUGCAAAAUAAAG